AUGGCUCCUGAAGCAAGAUUCCAUGAAUCCGAUGGAGAAGUAUUAUCCAAUGUUCGUAUGUUGACGAGCAAUUGUUUGCGUAUUUCGAAAUUAGAUAAUGAUUUACCAAUACGAGUAUCAUCAGCAAUUAAUGUAAUCGGAUUCGUCGGACGUUCACCUGAAGCGUUAGAUCUGGUAAUCGACCCGCACUUCUCAUCGUAUUUACCGUUGGUUACAAUUGAAUCGUUUAAUGGUAAAAAGCCUGAGCAGUUACUGACAAUGUAUCAAUUCAUGAACUGCACUGGUACAUUACGCCUCAUGGAUCACAGAAUCCUUUAUAUUGAUACACCGGCAACAUAUGGAUUCAGUGGGGUCUUAUGCUUUAUUCCAAAAUAUAAUGAUGAAUGGCAAUUUAUCGGACUAUUAACUGGUGCUUCCAGAUUAUGA